AGCGUGUCUAAACAGAGUAUAUUUUAGAGAACGGGUCUGUAAUCCUGUAGCAUAUGCAGUAAGGCUCAAAAUGUGCUCCACUAACGAAGACGGUCGCCUCCUGGUGUUGGAGGCACAGGUGAAGAGUUUAUCCGAUGAAUUAUUACAAUGCCAGGCAGACAAGGAGUUUGUGUGGUCUCUGUGGAAAUGCCUGCAAAUGGCAAAUCCAGACUUGACCCAGGCCGUCAGUUUGGUAGUUGAGCGUGAGAAGCAAAAAGCUGAGAAUAAGGACCGGAAAGUGUUGGAAAUCCUUCAGUCCAAAGACUGCACGAUACAGGAGCUUGAACAGAAAGUGACAACGCAGCAGCAGCAGAUGAACAGUUUGUUACAGAGGACAGCAGUGGAGGAGGACAGGACUUUAAUGAAAGAGUUGACAUCUCUGCGUGAACAACUGGUCAAUAAAAAUCAAGAACUUAAGGAAAUGAAGCUUGAGCAUAGGAGAAAAGAAGAGAAGGAGCAGCAGGUGGUACAAGCUCUAGAGGAGGAGAAAAAGGGAUUAACGUCCCGCUGCGAUGCCCUCAGUGCUGACCUGGAGGAAAACCAGAGGCAGGUCGCCCGUCGGCAAGACGAGAGCGAUGCCGCCCAGGCCAGAUUAAAGGAUUUGGAGAAAAAACUGACCACCGCUUGGCAGGAACUGUCCAAACUUCAGGGACAUGGUAACAGUCUAGCUGCACAGCUUUCUGCUAAAGAGAAGGAGGUGGCAUCAAAAGAGCAACAACUUGAUCAGCUUUGUCAUGAUUUUGCAGAAGUUCAGACUCUGUACAAGCAGAGCACAGAGCAUGCCGCAGAGCAGAGCCACCUCAUCAAACAGCUGGAGGGACUCAAUCUGGACACACAAAAAGUGCUGAGGAAUCAGGAGGAGGCGCACACAGCCGACACCACCUCGUACCAACAGCUAUACAAGGAGCUGAGUCAGUGCUACCAAGCUCUCGUGUCUGGUGAGGCCAAACUCCGUCAGAGUCACCAGGAGCUCAGUAUCCAGCUGGUUCAGAAAACCCAACACAUCUUGGAGCUCCAAGCUCAGCUUCAACAUCCGCCUCAGCACUCAGCUGUUUACCGCUCACCAAACAAGCAAACCAACAUUAAGCUAGUGUAUUCAGAGCGGGCCGGUGCUGCGACGCAGAGGUCUAGCCCGUACUCUGACCAGGCCUCCGCUCCAGGUUCAGGUCCCAGGCCAGAGGACAAGACUUUCCUUCGCAGAUCUGCCACCAGAAGACAGCAGGGUGCACCUGUGCAGCGGUCCAGGUCCAUGUCCCCAGCCAGCAGCGUGAGGGGGGGGAGUGGGAGGAGAGUGGAAGCAGAACAAAGAAUUCAAGACCUUGAAGAGCUGCUGCAACUGAAGACUGAAGAGAAUGAAGAGCUGAGGAAAGCUCAUAAUCAACGCCGUGAACGCCUGUGCUUGAUUCAGACCAACUACAAGAGAAUCCGAGAUCAGCUGAAAGAGAUGGAGAAGUCCAGUGCCUUGUCAGGUGGAAAGGUACACCGUGCAGAGUCGUGGCAGCUACGACAAGAGAACAGUGAUGCCGUGUGGAAUGAGCUGGCCUACUUUAAAAACCUCACCAAAAAACUCUGCACUGAGAAAGCCGGCCUGGAGGAAGAAGUGGACGUGCUGCGAGUGCAGGCUGCGAUGGACCGGGCCUCAGUAAAGGAGCUCCACACGUGUCUUACUUACAAUCACCGAGAAUUGCUUCAGCAAAUGACAGAGGAGCAGCGGGUCAAAAGCAGCGCUCCGAUUAAGGCUUGUGUAUCUGCAGGCCAAAUGGAGCAGCCAUUUAAAAAGACCGAGCAGUUGGAGCGGAGGAUGCAGUCGCUGGAGGAGCAGAUAGACGGGCUGACGGAAGAGAAAAAACUUUUACUUCAAGCCAAUAAAGACUUGGCCCAAAACUGCCGCACACUCCAAGCUUCCAUGAAUCAUCUGCGGACGCAGGAGGCUGUCCGAGAAGAACUGGCCCGUGCUCAAGCCCUGGCCCAAGAGGAACAACACUACGGUGAGAUCAUGGCUCUGAAAGUCCGACUAGCCACGUCUCAGAAAGAGAUUACCAAGCUUCAUCAUCAGCUGCUCAAGCUGAGACGAGAACUGGGGAUUGUCAGGGCAGCCGGAGACUUCUACAGGAAUCGUGCAGCAGGACCAGCGCAGGCUUCUGGGAUCGCUAACAGCGUUAGCAGCAAGGUCAAGCUGAAGGCGGCGAGGCACAGAGGUCUUCUACACCAGCACCGCCACCCAACAGUCAGCUCCAAUCAAGCCAUCAGCUGCCAAGGCCGCAGCCCCAGUCCCACUAAGGACGAGUGGGAGGACAUGAGCGUGGAUAGGUAA